AUGGCAACCAAUAACAAUUACAUUAGACAUAACCACAAGAAAUACGAACUUUGCUUCAAGUAUGACAAUUCACUUGACCAACAUAUAAUUAAUUAUGCAGUUGACCAGAAAGAGAUACAGGUGUCCGAUAAUGAAUUUUACAACCAGAAGAAUAUACUGCUUCAGAGUAAAGUACAAGAAAUUCUUGUUUCACUGUUCCGCUUGCAUGGAAUGGUAAGAAUACAAACACCUUUACUCAUGCCGCAAAAUAAAGUACAUGAAUUAAGCAGUGACUCACCAAUGACUGUUAUGGACCAACAAGGACAGUUACUCUGUCUGCCAAAUAAUCUAAGGGUUCCCUUUGCUAGAUACGUGAAACGUAAACGCAUUCAAAAUUUGAAGUGUUAUAAUAUUGACAGAGUCUUCCAUGUAAAGUUACCUGGGUUACAACCUAAAGAAGUUAUUGAAUGCAGUGUAGAUAUUGUAACACCUUCAAAGGAAAGUUCUUUUCCUGAAGGAGAACUAUUAUAUAUUCUUCAAAAUGUGAUAAGUAAAUUUCCUAUAUUACGUCAACAGGAAAAGAACUGUACAUUCAUUGUAAACCAUGCGUUACUUCUUCGAUCAUUUUUACUUCACUGUAACAUAGAGGAAGAACAACACAGAGAAUUUUUCAAGAUGGUUGAAAAACAGGGUGAUAAUAAAAAAAGUAUGAGGAAUAUACUGAAAUCAUUUCAUGUAGCUGACCAUAAUAUAGAUUUUUCCCUGAAAUUACUAAAUAAAGAAGAACCAUUAGAAAAUAUUAAAAAGUCUCUGGAAUUUUUACUAAAGUCAUCAAGAAAGAUAUCAGAUCUUGCACACAAAGGAAUCGAUCAACUGGAAAAGGUCUUGCAAUAUUGUGAAAUGUUUGGAAUAACAAGUACAUUAAAAUUUCAGUUAGGUUGCUUACAAAAAGCAUAUCAUUUUUCUGGAAUAUUUUUCCAAAUGAAAUUAAAGUAUUACAUAGAAGCUCCAAAUGGAAAGAAACGUUUUAUCCAACACACCAUUGCAAGUGGGGGAAAUUAUGCCCAAUUAGUUCAAGAAUUUAAAUCUUCUUCUCAAACUGCUAACUUACCAACAAUACAGCCUAAUGUAGUUGGAGCUCUUAUAUCAUUUGACUUGCUUGUUCACAUAUUAUAUGAAGGGAAGUAUGAAAUACCAAAUAAAUCUGACUAUUUAAUAUGUUCUAUGGAAGAAAAAGUAAAUCCAAAACAAAGAUUCGAAAGAGCCUUAAAAUAUUGGGAUAAGAACAUAUCUGGGACACUUUUAUAUGAGACCCAAGAGUCUUGGGAAAAAAUAAAGAAAAUUUGCGAGACUGAAGUCAUAUCGCAUGCAGUUGUGAUGAAGGAUUCCAGUGUAAAAACUUAUGACAUGUUUGAUAAUACUCAAGGAAAAUCACAAAGAAAGAAAAAGCAAUCCAAAGGUGAUGGAUGUUCAGAAAACCCUGAGAAUGAUCCUACAGGGAAAAGCAAUGACUUUCAUUUCAAAUUUGUUCAUAUCAACCACAAGAAAGUACAUGGGAACAGUAAAAUUGAAACUGCAAUUUGUUCAAAACUUGAAGGAAGUUUGAAAUGGGCUCCUUUGAAUGGUUCUACAAUACAAGUGAUUGCUGCUGAUCUUUCUAAAGAAGUACUUGAUGAAAUUGUUUUUACAAACAACCUGUCUUGUGAUAGAAAAAACUCUUCAGUCAAAAACUGCAAGUCAAAAGACAAGCAACUAACAAGAGAAGUAAAUGAAAGUAUUAAAAAACUGAAAAAUGAUAAUUGUGGUGAUUGCAUAAUAUUAUACAGUAAGCAGAGUGACACGUACCAAAUUUUAUGAAAUUCAGCAACUUUGUGAUAACAAGAAAAAAAAAAUGAUGUUUACCAAGCAACAGUGAUGUCUCAAUCUGUCUGUCUGUCCUUUUCUUUUUUAAUUUUUUUUUUCUAAUUUGAUGGUAGUGAGAAAAAAUACAAAGCAAAAAAGAUAUUUUCAAACUUUUUUUUUUUCUAACCAUAUUGAAAUGGGUUAAAUUUAAUCAUUUAGUUAGUUUAAAUAUUACAGAAACUCAAUAUAUCUAUUUAUCUGUAUCAUACCAUUCAGUUUCUCCUUCUGUGAUUUCGUCGUGAUCUCUUAUUGCAUUAAUGGAUAGGAAUAUUUCAGUUCUGAUCAGACGAAUAAGCCAGUUUGUGUUAACAUUUUUUAAGGCAAAGAACAUUAAAACAUUAACAAGAAAUGCGGUGAGGAAAAAAAAAGAAGAAAACAAUAGUGUUAGUUAAAGGCUAAUAUUAUUUUUAUAUUUUCCUAAUGAGUACAGGUAAUAACUUUUCAUAUAAUAACUUUUCUGGCCUCUUCUGCAAAGUCUAGCCUUCACCGUAUCUCCCGAAACAGUGAUGAAUCAUUUCUUAAAUAAUAUGCAAGAGUGUACAUGGAGACUAGAAUUAUUUAUAAAUGAAGUAAUUCAGAAUGCCUGCAAUACAUGUGUUACUGUUGAUUUUAAUGCAUGGAAUAUUAAAAAUGGUUAAAGAGAAACAAAAUGCUAAUUUUAAAAAUCUGAAGUUACAAAUUUGUUUCAUUUGAUAGUAAUUUUAUUGUAAUGGUAUGUAAGAGAAUUAUGCAGUGAAAUUUUCUGAUCUAAUUAAAACUAGUUUCAUCAAUUGGAAUAUAUAACUAUCUGCUAUAUAUGUAUUUAUAUGCAAAGUUUAAUUCAGGGAUAGAAUUAGAAUAAUCUGAGAGAAUGAUGACACUGAUUGAAGUAAUAUAAAACAUUUUAGUGAAGACUUUUAGAAAAGAGAGGUUAAUACAACUCUGCUAAUUUUUUUCAUUUGAUAGGCUAUCAAACCAUUUCAUUUAACUGUAAAUAAUUUAUUUAAAAAAAAAAUAUGAAAGGAAAAAUAAUAUUCUUCUAAUGUAAACACAUAUAUUUUUAUCUGUGUGACUUGUUUAUAUUUUUAAACAUAAACCUUACUGCUGGCAUUGUGCAUUUAUAUAACCUACUAGUGUUUAUCUGUCUGGGAAAUAAAUGCUAUUUUCACUUUAUCAUAAAAUAGAUGAAAUAUGGAAAGACAUUCAGCUGUAAAGCCAUUAUAUUUUGUGCAGACAGAGAAGAUAGCUUAACAGAGUGACACAUAAGUAUAGAGUCAUGCACAUUUAUACAAACUCACAUGCAUUCGUUCACACCAAUACACAGUCAAUCAUGCUCAUAUGCAUUCAAACACAAUUACACAAAAUUCAUGUUUACUCACACAUACUUAUGUAGAUAUAGAUAUAUAGAGAUGUAAAUCUGCAUGUUUGUACUUAUAUACUAUUAUAUUUUCAAUGCCACAUGUACAUUUUUUUUCCUGCACUAUCAGGCGUACACCUAUAUUUCCAAAGUGCAUGUGGUAUUGUCAUUCAAGGUUCAAGAGAAUGUUGUGGAAUUUGUUCUUUGUUUUUGAUGUUGCUCUUAUGAAAACUUUUAUACAAUUUAACUGUGAAUCUGUUGAUGUAUAUUCUGAGAGAUGGAUGUGUGUUCUAGUUGUAUUUUAUGUAGAAUGUGUGCUGUAUUGCAAAGAAUACUUUUGGAGGAUUGUGUGUAAACUUUCGAACCCUUGAUUAAAUUUAUGUGUUUCUUCUGUUUAGUCCUUUUGUACAGUGAAUCUACUAUUAUUGGUACCAUUUUGACUGUUUCCAAUUCCAGGUCAUCUUACCUUUGACAAUUUUAUUUUUACUUCUUUUCAGGGAAUGUUUUACGUGGAAAUUUCGUCUUUGUCUUUCAUUAUAUCUAGAUGGUUAGAUUUUGUUGAUCUGAACAGUUGUGUCCCAGAUUAUCUUAUCCAGGGUAUUGUUAUUCACUGGAUUUCAAAAUCAUUCAUGUUACUAUUUUUCAGUUUUUAUGCCAAAGUUUUGGCAUUCUGUCCUAUUGACAUUAGUUGUCAAUUACAUCUGAUGGGGUGCUGAAAAGUUCCUGGCUUUGGGUAAAAGAAAAUACAGGAGGAUCAGUUAAUUAUGAUUUUAUUCAAAAUAUUCCCCUUUCAAAUUCCUACAUUUAUUGCAGCAGUCCUUCAACUUUUCUAAGCCCUGUAAAAGAACUUGGAAGGAUGAGCUUCUAACCAGGCCUUUUGUGAGACCCUUAAAGCCAGGAACUUAUCAGCAUCCCCUCUUAUAUGUAUAUAUGAUUGUGUAUAUUCUGUCUUUGCAAGGACUGGAUAGCCAGAAAUGAUAAUUUUAAUUGUUAGAAUUAUCAAAAUUGCAUUUUGUCUUCAUCUCUUGAUUUAUUGUUUUAUUUUGGUGUGUGUGUUUAUAUAUGUAUGUAUGUGUGCGUGUAUAUAUAUAUAUAUAUAUAUAUAUAUUUAAUGUCUUAGUAGUAAUCUAGUCAGCUAUAACAAAAUCUUCCAUUUCUAUUUUCCGUCCUGAAGAUUUUUUUUUUCCUUGGUUUCAUGUUGAUUCACUUCUCCAUUCACUCUUGUUUCAUGCUGAUCCUUGAGAGUUUAUUUUUGUCUUCAUUUCUUACUUCUUUUCGGUGCUUCUUGAGUUCUACAUUGAUUGGGGUGAAGGUCUUCACAUUUUCUAAUUUUUUUUUGCCUUUUUUUUUUUGUUGUUCUUAUCUGACCAGUUUCCACUUUCAUGUAUAUAUUUGCAGUGACAUUUAGAAACAUACUAUAUCUUUAUUUUAAAAAAUGUUGUUGCUUAUUUUCUUUUAUUAGCCUUUUCCCAUUUAUAUAUGAUUUAUAUAAAGUUAUUUAAAAUUCUUAUUAUAUAAGAAUUGACUUCAGUAUAUAAAGUAAAAAAAGAAUUUUUUUUCUCCCAAUUUUAAUUUUAUACUUAUGGAUUUACUUUUAGAGACAUUUUUACUUCCCAUAAGAUUUUUAUUUUAUAUACUCAUAUACUUUAGAAUAUAUAUAUAAUUUAUUACAUCUUUAUAUCAUGAACACACACACAUGCACCUAGUAAAUAUUCUAGUUUUGUAGAAAUAGAUAUACUUUACAACAAAUACCGUGUACUCUUUUACAUGCUUGUGAAGCAAAAAAUGUGUGUGUGUGCUGGUGUUUAUAAUACAAUGUAGUUAAACUGUGGCUAAUGACUUCUUAGCUGUAAAUGUACUUUAUAGCAGUAUGAGACACUGAGAUAACUAAAUAAGAUCAUCAUCAUCAUCAUCAUUUAGCAUCCAUUUUUCAUUCUGACAUGGGUUGGAUGGUUUGACCAAAAGCUGGUAAGCUGGGGAGCUGCACCAAGUUCCAAUUUGAUUUAGCAUGGUUUCUAUGGCUGGAUGUCCUUCCUAAUGCCAACCACUCCGAGAGUGUAGUGAAUGUUUUUUACAUGCCACCAGCAUCAGCCAUGACUACAAUUUUACUUGGCUUGGCAGGUCUUCACAAGCACAGUAUAUCACCAAAUCCCUUAGUGACCUGUCACUGCUUCUAUGAUGCCCAACACUUGAACAGUGCUUUUUAUGUGCCACCGGCAUGGGUGCCAGUCAGAUGGCACUGGUAUCGGCCAUGACUAUGAUUUCACUUGGCUUGACAAGUCUUCUCAAGCACAAGAUAUCAAAAAAUAUCAGAAUAGUAUAACAGACAAUGAGUUUUUUUAUUGUUGGUUUAGGUUUUAAUGUUCAACCAUAUUGAUAGAUGAGGUGACAAAGACAGGCAGACAUUUAGAGAGAUAGAGAGACAGACAUAUAAUUGGAUGGCUAGAUAGAUGCGUAGCUGAAUAGGUGGAUAGGUAAGUUGGUAGGUAGAAAGUUGGGUAGAUGGAUAGGUAUGUUGGCAAAUAGGUAGAUACUCAAAGGUGAAAUUGUGCAAGCUUAGGAUGCCAUCCAUUGCAAGGUGCUCAGUAUUGGAUUUUUAUAUUGUUGUGACUUCAUGUAUCUACUUAUGAUGUCAACCAGUAUGAUAGAGAUAACAACAAAGAUAUGAAAAAAAUCACAGACCACUUGGCUCUGAUGCCAUCCAAGUGACUAGCUAAAAAGCUGAUAAAGGUCAGGACGUUAAUGGUAGCAGAAAUGAAAAUGCAAAAGAGAAAGAAGGAAAGAAUAAGAUUGUGGGGGAAAGAGAAAAGGGAGAGGAAGUGACAUAAAGACAAAAAGAAAAACAAGAGAAACUGGGACUAUGAAGAAAUGAAGAAAUGACUGGAAACUAUUAAAAAAAGACUGUAAGAGGUCAGGGCUUUUUGUUAAGAUCACACAACCAGUUCACCCUUAGACAAUAUCUAUCAUACAACAACAAUACACAGGAAACAUACUCCCUUGGAUAUUGCCUAAUGAUUCACCUAAUAUAUUUGGACACCAAAUAUAUCAGAUGAAAGUUUAUAUGCCAAGUAAGAUAUACAUGACAUUCUCCAAAUGACAAGUUAUGGCAGCAUCUUGGAGUAUUUCUACGACCACACUACAUUAAUGCAAUAUUCCAAGACAGAAGAGUAUACCAACACAGUUGAUGUAUUCACCAAUGUGUGGGCAAAGGAUAUCAAUACAUAUCAAAAAUGGAAAACAGUCAGUCAAUAAACCUAUAGCUAACCAAAGUGCACUGAACUGGAAACAGAUACUUCAGACAGUAUGUGUCAUGUAACCUUGUUAUCAGUGUGAUAACAAAUGCAAGCAGCAUGUCAUAUGAUGGAUUUUAAAUCCCAAAGCAUUCACAACACAACACAACAUAGCAUCAUGAUCAUGAUCAUGAUAAUCAUUCAUUUAGCGUCCAUGUUCCAUGCUGGCAUGGGGUGGACAUCAUCAAAUGAUGAUGGUGAUUACAUACACGUAUCACCAUCAUAGUAAUUUUUUUCCAAUCUACAGAGAGAUAAUUAAGCCAUCAUCAGAUAUAUAUAUAAACAACUUAUCUCACAAGAAUACUCCAUUUGUAAUUAAUUUGAAUUUAUUCCAUAUCUGUAUCAAUAUAUCUACACAGCCAUUUCUUCAUUUAUCCACCUAUCCAUCUAUCUAAAUAUUUGUAUUUAUGCUUCUUCCUCAGUCUUUCUAAAUAUUUACAUGUUUACCUAUGUCUUUUUGUAAGUCAGUAUGGUUAAACGUUAAAACCAAUACGAUCAACAAAAAUUCAUAUUGUCUUUUAUAUUGUUUUGAUACUUUUCGGGUAUCUUGUCAUUUAGUUAAUAUCAGUUUCUCAUGCUGCUAAAAACUACAUUUAAGUGUAAUGAGGUUGUACCCACAAAACACACACACACACGCAAAUGAAUAAUUAAAACAGAGGUUAAAAAGUACUCAAUAACCAAUAUAGAGUACUAUAAAAUCUAAAAGAAGCUGGAACUUCACUAGUGUGACUUAUCAGAGUUUAGUGAUUUAACUUAGAACAUCUACACACACACACACACACACACACACACACACACACACAGAGUUUGUGUUCUCUUGGUAAGUCACAAAAGAUUUGAAAAGAUAUAUAAUUUGAUUGGUUGUUGGUAAUUGAUAUGAAUAGUGUGUGUAAAAAAACUUAAUGUUUUAUCAAAUACAGUAGUGUAAGAGGUAAAAGUUAAGAAAAGAAAAAAAAAAAGAAUGAGGAAAAGAUGAAGAAUAUGUUUUUUUGUUGUACAAUUAGACAAAGCAAAAUAUUUUUAUGAAGCAAACCACUCUUUCGAUCAAAAAGCACCAUGGAUUUAUAACCCCCCCCCCCCAAAAUAUGAAUAACACCACUCUUGAUUCUAUUAACUUUGGAUAUGAAAAGAUUGUAACUCAUUUAAACAGAAAUGAAAUUAGUGAAGCUUUAGCACUAUGCAAACUGUAUAUCACAUUUAAGAAUCUUAAACUAAUUUCCUGAGGAAUCCAUUUACAAAAUGUAUGAAUCCAACUGAAAAUCAAUUAAAUUGCAAAAGAUUUUCAGGCAAAAUAGUCAUAAAAAUAAAAGAAGCUUCUAAUUUAUUGUUAUGGAACAAAAAUAUUUUAGCUACAAAGUAGUCCAAUAACAUCAAUAAUAAUCAACAAUAUGAAUCUAUCCAGUUUGAUAGCAUAGAUUAUUACCUUAUUACAUUAUUAUUACCAAAGCAUAAUGUCCACUAUUAGUCAUGUUCUCAUAUUCCAUUAUUAAAAUCAUGUUACGUGGAAGGAAAUCACUGUUAUUUUUUUGACAGAAACUUGGAGAUAAAGAAAAAGGGUAUUACCUCCUUUGAUAUUAACAUUGAUUUUUAAUGAACUUGGCAGAAAUUUGCAAAUUAAUCUGUCUUUGUAUAUUGCACCUAAAUAUAAUAUUUUUACCUAAUGGGUUAUACUGUGAUAAUGGAUUUUAACAUUAUUAAUAAUGUAACAUUAUUAACUCACAAACAGGUAUAUUUCUGAAAAAUUUGCAAUAAAUUUAAAUAUUUAAACUUGAAAAUCAUUGACAACACAUACCUUAAUCCAUUUGCAUUCAGAUGACUCUGUCAAAUGUAAUGCUUAUUUAUUCACAUUGUUUUGAAUUAAUCUUGCAAUAAUCUCAUAGCUUCAAGAUUUCAAUGAUGUGAUAGUUUAUUUUGAGAAUGAUAUCAUUGAGUAGGAGUCAGAUCUAGCUAGUUUGAACAUAAAACAAUAUGAAUAUUUGGGCCAGAUAUGGCUGGUUUAAAUACUAAAGAGUUAAAAUAUGCUUUUUUUUUUUUUUUUUUGACAUCACAUUAAACAUAAAUAUUUGCCAAAACCAUUCCUAUGGAAAACCAAUUCAAAUUUUACAAUAUAUUUAUAUGUAUUCAAACCACCCACCAGCUUAGAUUUAAGAAAAUAUACCAAAGUAUUAACUUCUGACUUACUAACCUAUUAUUAUCAUCAGAACAAUAACAAUAAUGCUACAUAGGAAACAAAAUAUCAUACUGUAAAGUUUUGAAAAAUAUUUUUGUAAAAUAUUAAGGGCAGCCAUUCUACCAUGGGUAACUUUACUGAAUCCUUGUUGAACAUUAGUCUUAAAAAUAAUAAAACUUGUGCUUCCUGUAAUCCUAAUACUUUUUAACCAUGCAAUUGCUUAAAACCUAUGUAAUGUCUUUUAAAUGGUUGAUGUCCAACAAACUACAAUUUGUAGUAGCUUGGCGAUAUUUAAGAAAAUUAAAUUAAAUUCAUAUUUAUUCAAUUGAAUUUUAAAAAAUGUACACUAUAUAGUGUGAGUAGAAAAUGUAUCAGUUAUUAUUUUAGACUACACCAGUUUAAAGUUUAACUUGUUUAAAUUGAGAUAUGACUAACACUACAUUUUUAAACACUCAGUCAAAUGAUCAGAAACUACUUUAUCUAAAUAUAUUUGGAGUUCAAAAGACAAACACACUCAACGUCCAUAUCAAAUUAAGAAAUUUUGUAUCAUGUUACAACCAUUUUUGUGUCUUGUGCCUCUCUGAAAGACUAGAAAGUUUAUUCUGUUAUAGGAAUAUUCAGACAUAGCUAUUAAUUUUCAUUGAAGAACUCUAAAUUGUUAUAAUAUAAAUUACCAUAUUGGUAAUUAUUUAAUUACAUUAUUCAUACAUGCUAUAUAAAUAUACACAAUAGCGUUACCACUUUGGCACAUACAUUGCUCUGUAUAUAUAUUUCAUAUGUGUACAUUUUCAUGACUUUCUAUUACUAUGUUAUACUAUCAUAAAUAAUACUUUACAAUUAUCUUACUCAUAUGUAUGCCAUAUUAUAUAUAAUUUUAUAUCAUUCCUUAAAUUUCUCCUUCACCUCAUUUUCUCUCUUAUUGUUAGCUUCUGUUUAGUGACAGUACAUACUUGUACUGUAUAAGUAUAAACAGUGUAAGUCUUCUUUAUAAAUAAAUCUGCAAUACAAGUCCUUUUAAAAACAAUUGAUUACGCAAUAAAACAUAAUACCUCAUGCUUUUCUUUUUACUCUUAUCCCCGGGGUCUUCAUCUUUCUAUCGCAUGCAUCACUGAUAUGAAAACUUUCUAAGUUUAUAGAUUCUUUUUAACCUUUAAUUUUCUUAAAUUAUUACCUCUAUUUUUCAUCUCUAACAGUUAAUCAAUUUCCCUUCAAGAAAUCCAUUCUGUUUUACUGCAAUUCAUGUUCUUGGCCUCAUUUUUUUUCUGUUUUCAUUUUCUAAUUUACAUUUUUGUCUCUUUUCUUUCUUUAUACCUACUUCUUACAUUUGUAUUGUUCAAUGCUUUUUAUCAUAUCCCAACAACCAAUCAAAUUAUGUGUAUACUUUGAAAUAUUUUGUAACUUACUAAAAGAACCUAAAUUAUAUAUAAAUCUACAUUCCGUGUUGAGUAACAACUGCCUAAUGAACCAAAAGGCAACACUUGGAGUUUCAUUAAUGGAAUAUCUGCUUCCAUAAAAUUAUAUAAAUAGGCACAGUAUAACUAAAUGGUUAAUAUAUUUACUUUGGAACCAAGAAGAAUCCUGUUUGAUCACAGUGCAUACCAUCUUGGGUAAAUGUUAUUUUCUAUAGCUCUGAAUUGACUCAUACCUGUGAAUGAAAUUGGGUGGAUGGAAACUGUGUAGAAGUAUAUCAUGUAGAUUGUACCUGUAAUUCAAAGGUAAAGCCUUGUCAAAUGCAGUAUCUUGUAGGUGAUUCUGCCUGAGAAUUACUUUAAUAUUGCACUUGUCUGUGGAAUGGCCCGGCCACACACAAGUUAAAUCAAUAAGCAAAUAAUUCAAUUAAUCAAACAACUGAAUCUUUGUUGAAAUUGAUAGAGAACCACACACACACAUACUGUGUAUUAGUGUGAGCUUGUGUGUGUGUGUGUGUGUUUGUGUUGGAAAUAAACUUGUAAACAAGACCACUUCCUAAAUUCUGUAAGUCUGUGCAAAAUUUCAAAAGCCCAAGAAGUUCCCCUGUGUGAAUUUGAGUAGAUAAAGAGUUGCCCAGCACUGAACUCACUUUUUAGCACAAUAAAACCAGUGUGUGUGUAACAUGAGCAAUUUUAUUUUGUUAUUUUAAAUAUUGUCCUGUCUUUAGCUGUCAAAAAAACCACAACCUUAACUGAUAGUGUAUUAAACUAAACAAUCAAGCACAGUUGACUAUUUCUAGGUAGGACAAUUCAUUCAACAUUUCCUGGUUCACCUAUAAAUUGGUGCAAACAUGUUGUGACGUUAUGGAAAUACAAAUUGAUAUAACCAUGUGAUAUAAAAAUGUAAAUCAGUUGAUAUGUGAUAUAAAAGAAAAAUAUACUGGCUGUGUAGUGUAGUUUAGGAGAUUGUUGUCCAGCCAUGUAGUUUCGGUUUCAGUCUCAUUGCAUGACACCUUGGCCACAUGUCUCCUUCUAUAGUCCUAAAUCCAUCAAAACUUGUGAGAAUUUCGUUGAUGCAAACUGAAAGAAUCCUGUUGUGUGUGUGUGUGUGUGUGUGUGUGUAUGGUGUGUAAAGUAUGCAUAUGUAUCUUUUAUCUUUCACUUGCUUCAGUCAUUAGAUUGUGGCCAUGCUGGGGCACCACCUUGAAGAAUUUUUUUUUGGUUGAAUAAAUCGUCUCCAGUAUUUAUUCGUUUGUUAAGCCUGGUACUUUUUCUGUCGGUUUCUUUUGCUGAAUCUCCAAGUUAUGGGGAUGUAAAUAAACCAACACCAGUUGUCAAGUGCUGGUGGGGGACAAACACAGACAUGAAUGCGUGUGCACGCACGCACACACAUAUAAUAAUGGGUUUUUUUUUCUGUUUCCACUUGCCAAAUCCAGUCACAAAGCUUUGGUCGACCCAAGGCUAUAGUUGAAAACACUUGCCCAUGUGGUUGAGACACAAGCUUCUUACCACACAGCCACUGCUACACUAGCCACACCUGAAGGAAAACUGGUUAAGUAUCUGGGUGUUAGUGCCUCCUUGUUUUGACAUUUUGUAUAAUAGUUGUAAAUAGAUAAACAAGCAUCACCUUCUUGCAGGCAGCAUCAUUGGUUUCCAAUGUUAUGUGAAUAUAUGUCCAUCCACAGGAAAUAUUAACUAGUUGGGAAAUAGUGAUAGUUGCUGACAUAAAUCUGCCUCAGUUAAUUCUGCUUGAUAUGAGUAAACAUUGAAAUGCAAGCAUUAAGAUAGUAAUAUGUGGGUGGGUGUAUGUGAGCAUGAGUGUGUGUGCAUACAUACAUACGUACGUGUGUGUGUGUGUGUCUGCCAAAAAUUAUACAUUGAAAUUCAUAAGUCUGUAUGCCAUUGGGAGGAGAAGAAUCUGAUAGUUUAAAGUUAAAUAAUUUUUGCUUUUUUCUUAAAUCUUGUCUCUGGAAUGUAAUUAUGACAUACUAAACUUAUCCAAAUUCAUGAAUUUCACCAUUUUGGCCUUCAUCAAACAAAUUUAUGAUCUAACCAUGACCAUCCCUCCUUGUAUAUCUGGAUCUGCAAUAACCAAUAUAUACUUACUUUUUUAAAAAAAUGUAGGCUGUGAUGUGAGAAAAAUUUGGCUGCUAUUUUUAGUAGGUUGAACAGCCAUGUAGAUACUCCCUUGUCAUCUCUUUUCUGCUCUUUUAUUAAGAUACUCUUGUAUCAUCUCCUUUUAGGAUUUUAUUUUCAAUACUUUCCAGUUGGCUAAGUUUUAAAAAAAAUUCAUUUUACGUUUCAUAAUUUUAUUUCUCUUAUGAACAACUCAUGUUUGCCAUUUCAUCAAACUCAACAGUUUUCUGCUGCUGUAUAUAGAGUUAUUCAUACAUUAAGAAUGUUUUGCAUUUGUAUAUUUGAUCUUUUAUUGUAAUACAAUACAUAUCCUAUGCUUAAUUCUUUUAUCUUUUGCUGGCUUCUAUAAUUGAACUUCACCCAUGCUUGGAGUACUGUCUUCAUGGGUCUUAAUAUAUUAUAUCAACCUCAGUACUUUGAUAUUUAUUUUAUUCUUCUCUAUUUAUCAAAUGGCUAUGUUUAUCUUUGGUUAUGUCCCUUAUGAGGGAGUUACCUCCCACUAGAAACUAAACAUCACGAGGAAUUUGCACCAAAAUACACAGAAACAAAAACACACUUAUUUACACCAAACUUCCAUGAAGUUUCUGUCAACCAAAGGUAUUAGUCAACCACCAGCUCUGAUGGAAAACAUUUGCCAAGAUGUCUGUACCAUAGGAGCGAACCAGGAACCAUAGGAUUGCAAAGUGAACCUUCUAACUAUACAGCCACUCCUUCACCUAAUAUUUUAAUUUUAUGUUAUGAGACAAUUCUGAUGUUGUGUUAUUAAAAUAACUUUUAUAUAUUAUUAGUUUACUUACUGUUACUAAGGUCAACAGGCUUCAUUCAAGAUCUUUUUGUUAAUCCCAAACUUUGACAAUUUCAUAGUUUUGAAGGAAUUGUUUCCCAUCUGUUUCAUUCAAGACAUCUUUAUUAUGAUUAUUAUUAUUUUUUGGUUCUAUUACAGUUAAUUCUUUAACUGUUUUUUUUAUAUGUAUAGGCAUAUUCUUACUUGUCAGAGGCUCUCUGAAACAUAUUAUUAAUUAGUACAAUCAAGUAGACGAAGGUAUUUUUUUGUACAAGUUUAAUUGAAGGAAUAGCUUUGAUAAUUUACACUUAAAUUUUUGGUUUCACCCUUAUAAAUCAGUAUCCCAUCAUCAGUUUCAUAUGUACUUGUAAAGUAAUUUGACUCUGUAACUUGACUUUCAAAGACUUUUUUGUGUGAAAAAAUCUUUUUUCUUUUUGUUUUUUACAUUUCUCAUAGACCAUGAAUAUUAAACAUUAUACAAAACUAUCAUGUUAUACACACACAUCACUUCUUUCUACUGUACAUGUUGCAAAAAAAAAAAGACAUAAAAAAAUUCUAUGAAUCAUUGAUCUGUUAAUAUUAGUUCAUGUAAGCCCUUAAGACCAAACCAAAUUACAUUGAAAAUAUGAUAUGAAAGUAUAUAUAAGCUGUCAAACAUAAAAAAAAAUAACAACACCCAAAAAGCAUAUGCCAGUUCAGCAAAAGGUAAUUAACAUAUUAAAAAAAUGAAAAAAAAUUCCCACUGAGUUCAAGAACUGUACUUCAUCUAUUAUAAAAAAAACCAAUCAUUAUGUAUAAAUUUGUUUAAAAAGCAGGCCUUUCUUUUUAAAUGAUGUAAAUAAAAUGAAACUCAAAUAAAAUAUGUAUUUUUAUUGAA